UGAAAAUGUGCGGGCGUUAAAAAAGACACAGGCUAGGCAUGGCGAGUGCGCAAGCCAGAGUGGUGGUGCUAUCUCUCCUCCUCUUCCUCCUGUUCGCGAUACCCGGCGGCUGCCUCUCCGCCUCCGUCCACGAUCUGCUCAGGUCGUACGGACUUCCGGGCGGGCUUCUCCCGAAGCAGGUGAGCAACUACAGCUUGUCGGACACGGGGCUGCUAGAAGUGUUCCUUGAAGGCCCGUGCCUGACCAAGUUCGACACCAUGGCGCGGUACGACAGCGUGGUGCGGGCCAACCUCACCCACGGCGGCCUCGCCGGCGUCCAGGGCUUCUCCCAGGAAGAGCUCUUCGUCUGGCUCCCGGUCAAAGGCGUCGUCGUCCACGAUCCCGCCUCCGGCCUCAUCUUCCUUGACAUCGGCUUGGCUCACAAGCACCUCUCCCUUUCCCUCUUUGAAGAUCCGCCCGAUUGCGACGCCCAAUCCCACGGUGUUUUGAAGAUGACAGGGAGGAGGGACACAACUAGAAGCACCUCAUUUGCCAGUUCAUCGUGACUCAUCUAUCAUCCGCAUUUUCAUGAGUUAGGCCUCGGGCGGGCGGGCGGGCGGGAUUAUUACUGUUGGAGUGGACCAUUAAUUAAUUGAUUGAUUGAUUAGUUAGUUAGUACAGUAGAUCGAUGUGUACAGCUCAAAAUUUGCACUUCUUUAUUUAAUUAUUUAAUACUACUUCCGUUCCUAUUAAAACUUCCAAAUAGGUUUGACACAGAGUUUAAGAUAGUGGGUAUUGUGUGGUGGAGAGUUGUGCAGAGGAGAGAGAAAUGUGUAAGAAAUGUUGUGAACCACAAAUUCUUUACUAAAAAGGGAAAGUGGAAGUUUUAAUUGGAACGAAUGAAAAAGGAAAGUUGGAAAUUUAUUUAGGAACGGAGGGAGUACCUACGUAGCUUAAUAGCAGCAGCGUGCAGGUAUUCAUUCAUCAGCCAUAUUUGAUGUACAUACCCUUGUACACACUUUAUACACACCAUGUAUGUGAAGCUUUUUUUUGUCUAUGAAUCCGGUUCACAAACAAUACUCCCUCCGUCCCGGAAAAUUAGUCCCACUUUGACUUGGAUCGGAGUUUAAGAAAGUGGGAAUAAAGUGGAAAUGUAUGGUUGUGGUUGAGUAAGAAAAAGGCAAAUGAAUGUUUAGCCACACAAAACUUUCCAAAAAGGGAAAUGGGAACAAUUUUUUGGGACGGCCCAAAAAGGAAAAUGAGACUUAUUUUAUGGGACGGAGGGAGUAUUUUGUUUGUGCAAAACAUUAUCUAUGAAUCGAUGUUCACAGACAAAAAAAACUUUCACAGACAUAUGUGUGUACAAAAGUGUGUAUAACAGUGUGUACAAACAUCAUUUUUGUUCAUUCAUACUUCAGGUGUUAUUUUCUUCGUUA